GAGCCGAGGGUUGUCAGUGAAUGGUUGAGCGCUGAGGAUGGCGGUGGACGAUGAGGGGCUGCGGGUGUUGCAGAGCGUCAAAGUCAAGAUCGGAGAAGCAAAAAACAUGCCUCCCUAUCCAGGACCAAAUAAAAUGAGAGACUGCUACUGUACAGUGAAUCUGGAUCAAGAGGAGGUUUUCAGGACCAAAAUAGUGGAGAAAUCCUUAUGCCCCUUUUAUGGUGAAGACUUUUAUUGUGAAAUUCCAAGGAGUUUUCGCUAUCUAUCAUUUUAUAUUUUUGACAGAGAUGUCUUCCGGAGGGAUUCAAUUAUUGGCAAAGUUGCAAUAAAGAAAGAUGAUCUUCAGAAAUACCACAACCGUGAUACCUGGUUUCCUCUUCAGCAAGUGGAUGCUGAUUCUGAAGUUCAGGGUAAGGUUCACCUGGAGCUAAGACUAAGUGAAGUCAUCACUGACAGCGGGGCCAUCUGCCAUAAAUUGGCAACACGUGUUCUGGAGUGUCGGGACUUACCAAUAGUGAAUGGACAGUGUGAUCCUUAUGCCACAGUUACUUUAACAAGUCCAUCCAGGUCAGAGGUGAAGAAGACAAAAGUAAAAAGAAAGACCACCAAUCCUCAAUUUGAUGAAGUUUUCUACUUUGAGGUGACCAGACCGUGCAGCUACAGUCGGAAGUCACAUUUCGAUGUUGAAGAGGAACAUGUUGACAGGAUGGAGAUCAGGGUCGACCUUUGGAAUGCCAGUAACCUGAAGUUCGGGGAUGAAUUCCUUGGAGAGCUCCGACUUCCUUUGAAGAUUCUGAAGCAGUCCUCUUCCCAUCAAGCAUGGUAUUUUCUACAGCCAAGAGACAACGGCAAGCCAGUGAAACCAGCUGAUUUGGGUUCAUUAAGGCUGAAUAUUGUUUACACUGAAGACCAUGUUUUCCUUUCACAUUUCUAUGAUCCUUUGAGAGAUCUUUUAUUGAAGUCUCCAGAUGUUGAGCCUGUUUCAGCGUCUGCUGGUCACGUACUGGGUGAAGUGUGCCGCGAAAAACAGGAGGCCGCAAUGCCACUCGUCAGACUCUUCUUACAUUGUGGCAAAAUCGUACCCUUCAUUAGUGCGAUUGCCAAUGCUGAAGUAAACAGGACGCUGGACCCCAACACCAUCUUCCGAGGAAACUCGUUGACCUCAAAGUGCAUUGAUGAGACUAUGAAACUAGCAGGGAUGCAUUAUUUACAAGUUACAUUAAAGCCAAUCAUCGAUGAGAUAUGUGAAGUUCACAAGCCGUGUGAAAUUGACCCUGUUAAACUGAAAGAUGGUGAAAAUUUGGAAUCCAAUAUGGAAAACCUCAGACAAUAUGUUGAAAGAAUUUUCAAUGUUAUCACAAAGUCCGGUAUGAGCUGCCCCACAAUCAUGUGUGACAUUUUCUUCUCACUGAGAGAAUCUGCUGCUGUACGUUUCCAAGGUGAUCCUGACGUCAGGUACACGGCUGUCAGCAGUUUUAUCUUCCUGCGAUUCUUUGCUCCAGCUAUUCUCUCGCCUAAUCUGUUCCAGCUUCGCCCCCAUCAUCCAGAUCCAUUAACAGCACGGACUCUAACACUUCUCUCCAAGACCAUCCAGACACUGGGGAGUCUAUCCAAAUCAAAAUCUGCCAGUUUCAAAGAAUCCUACAUGGCUACUUUUUAUGAAUAUUUCAAUGAGCAGAAAUACACAGAUGCUGUAAGAAAUUUCCUGGAUUUAAUUUCUUCAUCUGGAAGAAGAGAUCACAAAAGCAUAGAACAACCCAUAGUACUGAAGGAAGGGUUUAUGAUCAAGAGAGCACAGGGAAGAAAUCGUUUUGGCAUCAAAAACUUUAAAAAGAGAUGGUUUCGUCUGACCAACCAUGAGUUCACCUAUCAUAAACACAAAGUUGAUCAUCCAUUGUGCAGUAUUCCUAUCGAAAACAUUUUAGCUGUUGAAAAACUGGAGGAAGAAUCCUUCAAAAUGAAAAAUAUGUACCAAGUCAUUCAGCCAGAAAGAGCAUUAUACAUACAGGCUAACAACUGUGUGGAGGCCAAAGACUGGAUUGAUAUCUUAACAAAAGUUAGUCAGUGCAACAAGAAGCGCUUGACAGUGUACCAUCCUUCAGCAUAUCUCAAUGGGCACUGGCUUUGUUGCAAGGCCACUGCUGACACAGCCCUAGGCUGUACACCUUGCACUGGCGGGCUUCCAGCUAACAUCCAGUUAGAUGUAGAUGGUGACCGGGAGACUGAGCGCAUUUACUCGCUUUUCAGUACCUACAUGACUAAAUUGGAGAAAAUGCAAGAGGCGUGUGGCAGCAAGUCUGUGUACGAUGGGCCUGAGCAGGAAGAAUAUUCAACCUUCAUUAUUGAUGAUCCUCAGGAGACGUAUAAAGCACUAAGACAGAUAAUAGAAAUUGUUCAAACAUUGGAGAUGGAGCAUGUCCAGUAUAAGAGGAAUAAGUUCAAGAGGACCAAGUAUGGCAGCCAGGAGCAUCCCAUAGGUGACAAGUCUUUUCAGUGUUAUUCAACCCAAAACUCAGGAUGUUCAACCAAUUCAAUGUGACCAACUGCCUUAACAAAGAAGUGGAAAAGUCGAGCGUAUUAUUUUAUACCAGGCGUUGCUGGAUAUAGAGAGGUCAACAAUGUUAAAUGAAGCUUAAAAAAACAGAAAAUAAUCCAUUUGAACCCGAUGUGUACAGACUUACAACAUUAAACUCACAUACAUUUGGUGGUUGAUUAAUGUUUUCACAAACUGUUACAUAUGCACUUUAGUCAUCUGUUUGCAACAGAUGAUUUAACUUUUUGCCUUUAAGGCAUUAUUUUAUACCUGCUUUUACUGGUGAUCAGUUCAAUGAUCAUUGAAAGUGAAUCCAUCUGCAAGCAACUCCAGUGUCAUUUUUAAACUUCUUGGGGCCAAAUGGAGCUAAGUACUGAAGUAACAAAGCAAUAGCAUUUCACCUUUUGUAAGCAGCUUAAGAUUGCAGUUUGUGUUAGUAUUGAAGGACAACAUCAAUUGUUUUUCCCUGCAGAGCUUGAAAAAUGUAACCUCAUUACAUGGCGCACAAUGAUUUUUGCACUGUCGAAUUCUGUUUUACUUUGAUUUUGCUAGAACCUGGGAUUAGCAAUCUAUUGCUGGGAAGGAAAAGAAGAGGAUUUAAUAGGCAUGUUUGUUUGGUGCAUCAAAUGUCAAGUAAGCACCACACUAUUCCACAUUCAUGUUACAGCCUUUGGCCCAGCGGCAUUCAUUGGACCACAAAGGUGAUGGUGUAGUGGAGGCACUAUGCCAUCUGGAUGGUUUUCAAUUGUUUAUUGAUAAAAAAUGUCUUGUAGGCAGAAACUUUUGCUGCUAGAGUUCACAACAUCUUUUGUGCUAUUUUCCCGCUGACUUUAACAAAUAAUGUUCUGCUUUAAUUGUAGUGGAAACGUCCCACCUUGUGCACCAUGACAAUCGUGUAGGAAGCUUUUGUAACAAAACAAUGUGUUCAGUCGGCAGCAUUGUGGACCCGGGGAGAGAGGGAGGGAAACGGAUUCAAUUAUAAUGUUGUUUAUAUUUUGAGGUACAGACAUUGCUGUUAAUGCCAAUGCUAAUAGCGAUAAGAGUUUUAUGCAAAAUGUGUCUUGAUUUUGCCAAGUACUCGCUGCUGUGGAAUAUUUACUUACCUCUGCUUGAUGCUUCAGUUUUAAUAGCAUGAAGACCUUGUCUUCAUAAACAAUCGCACAUUUUACAUAAAGGGAGGAUAAAUAUGGUCACAUUUAUAGUUUCAAUGUUUUGAUUUCCGCCUGAGGGAACUACAUUAGUAUAUACCCUUUUUAAAAGAAGCACUGUAAUAGUGAGAGAAUGGUUUUAUUGUGUUUUUAUUCUUACGGUAUAUAAAAUAAAAAUAUUGACUAAAUUGUAUAUUGGGUAGGAUUACUGUUACAAGGGAAGGAAAGUGAUGAGAGCAGUAUCUCAAGCCAACCUGUGUUCCUCCCAUAUUAUUAAAGAAACUGAGCUCCGUCACCUGCCAGCUAAACUCAUUCUCAUAAUAUGCUUGUAACUUACACUGUACAUAAAAUACUAAUGUGCUACAAUGUAUUUUUAACUGCCAAAUAAAAAUGCGAGUUUGUAA